AUGGAAUCACUUCAAAUCCCCAUAGCAUUCUACGCUAUAAUAGCUAUCUUAACUUUCUUCUUUCUUUCAUGGAUCCGCCGGAAACCACUCCCGCCGGGGCCAAUGGGGUGGCCAAUCAUCGGCAACAUGUUGAUGAUGGACCAACUUACCCACCGUGGCUUAGCCCGUUUGGCGGAAAAAUACGGUGGUAUCCUUCAUCUAAAGAUGGGUUUCAGCCACACCAUUGCAGUGUCCUCGCCGGAGAUGGCGAGGAUAAUCCUUCAAGAAAAAGAUAACAUCUUUGCCAACCGUCCGGCAACCAUCGCCAUCACUUACCUGACUUACAACGGCGUAGAUUUGGCGUUUGCUAAUUAUGGACCUUUCUGGCGACAAAUGCGAAAGCUUUGUGUCAUGAAGCUGUUCAGCCGGAAACGAGCGGAGUCAUGGGACUCCGUCAGGGAUGAGGUCGAUACCAUGGUGAAAGCCACCGCCAUUAACUCUGGUACGCCGGUGAACUUGGGUGAGCUUGUAUUCGGGUUGACCCAUGAUAUUAUCUACCGAGCUGCUUUCGGGUCGAGUUCACAUGAAGGGAAAGAAGAGUUUAUCAGAAUCCUACAAGAAUACACCAAACUUUUUGGCGCAUUCAAUUUGGCUGACUUUAUCCCGUUCCUAGGGUUUAUUGACCCGGCGGGGUUGAACACACGUUUACCGGCGGCCAGGGCGGCGUUGGACGGAUUCAUUGACAAAAUCAUCGACGAGCAUUUGAGUAAAGGAAAGAAAACCGGCGAUGAAGGUUUGGAUAACGAUAUGGUUGAUGAGAUGUUGGCGUUUUACAGUGAGGAAGGAAAAGUCAACGAAGGUGGUGAUUUGCAAAACGCCAUUAACCUUACCCGAGAUAACAUCAAAGCCAUAAUCAUGGAUGUAAUGUUCGGUGGAACUGAGACAGUGGCGUCCGCCAUAGAAUGGGCCAUGACGGAGCUAAUGCAUACACCGGAAGCACUAAAGCGCGUGCAACAGGAGAUGGCAAAUGUCGUCGGACUUGACCGGCGCGUGGAGGAGUCUGACUUGGAGAAGCUUACGUACUUCAAAUGCGUCAUCAAGGAAACCCUCCGACUACACCCUCCGAUCCCAGUUCUCCUCCACCAGUCUUCGGAGGCGACAGAAGUUUCCGGCUACCAUAUUCCUAAAGGAACACGUGUCAUGGUGAACGCGUAUGCUAUUAAUCGUGAUAAGAACUCUUGGGAAGAUCCGGAUACGUUUAACCCGUCACGUUUUUUACAAAACGGAGCUCCGGAUUUUAGAGGAAGCAACUAUGAGUUUCUUCCAUUUGGUUCUGGUCGGAGGUCGUGUCCGGGGAUGCAACUAGGGUUGUAUGCGAUGGAGAUGGCGGUGGCCCACCUUUUGCAUUGCUUCACGUGGGAAUUGCCGGAUGGGAUGAAGCCGAGUGAAAUCGACAUGGGUGAUGUGUUUGGACUCACUGCACCAAAAGCAAUUCGAUUGGUCGCAGUGCCAACUCCUCGUUUAUUAUGUCCAUUGUAUUGA